AACGAAGCCACCGGCCCGAGCAGUGACUCCGCAAACGCGCGAGGAAACGAAGCGACGUAGCGCGACUCGGCUGUCGAGAAACUCACCUUUGUCCGAUAUAUCCCGGGCCUGUUUUCCCUUUCAAAGUGCCAUUCAAAGCACACAAUCCGAUUGAGAUCUCGACAUUGAAAUAGAUCGCGCGCGCGCACGUGCGUUGUGCCAAGGUGAAGCAGAGCGAGGGAAUUUUUAUGUUAAAGUGAUAUUCUACGGUGAAAAGCGGACUAUCGUUAUAAAAAAAAAAAAGCAAAGAACAGAAUACAAGUGUACUUUUCGUAAUCGAGCUUUCUCAUAAAUAAUCUUUUUUCUUUACAACCUUUUUUUGUCAGUCUUGAACCACGAUGAAUAAAUAUACGAUCGACGAAGUAGCUCUGCACAAUAAUUGUGAAGAUCUGUGGGUGAUAAUACACGGAAAUGUCUAUAAUCUCACGUCCUUCCUCAUGGAACAUCCUGGCGGCGAAGAGGUAUUGCUAGGAUUAGCAGGGCAAGAUGGAACAGAGUGUUUCGAUAACAUCGGUCAUUCUGACGAGGCAAAACUACUUCGAGAAAAGUUUAAAAUCGGAGAAGUAACGAAUCAGGAAAGCGGGACUCAAUCCAAGAUAACGAGCACGGUUCAAUCGAAGGCAACUAGUGCAGAUGAGAUAACAGGCGAUGUAAUAGAACCAACAGACGACUACAACGACUACGAUCAUCAAGCACAAACGAAACAAAAGUCUUCAAUUCAAGGAUUCAUUUACGUUGCAAUCGCAAUUUAUGCUGUCAUAUUCUACUAUUACUAUCAGACUAUGUAAUUUUGAAACGUUUCAUUGUGUGCAUAUAUAUAUGUACACAGAUAUUUAAUUUUAACAAAAUUCUGUGCAAAAUGAAAUGUUUACGAAAUUUGUUCUAUCGAAAAUAAGUUUGUUAGACUUUUUGAAGUGUGUCUCUUGUUUUUGUUUAUUGUUGUUUUUCAAGUAAUUUAUUAUCUUUAUUAUCUUUAUAGAGCGAUAUAAAACUGUAUCUUUUAAAUUCUGCGUUGAAAGAGAUAUACGUUUAUAUUGUAAAGUUAAACAAGUAUUUUUAUAACACUCUGAUGAAAGAUAAUUGAAUUAAAAUUAUAUAAUCCGGAUGAAAAUAAUUGUGUGUGUGUAAUUUGUUUAUGAUAAUUUUACAAAUUAAAAUAGAAAGCUUAUUUCUGCGUUUCUAUUAUUUAAUUUACAUUAUAAUGUAACUUGUAACGAAGCGGCAGCACAGAAAAUAUAUUCAAAUGAUUCAACAAAAAUCCGAUACAUUUUACGUAACUCUUUCCGUUUUAAUCUGUAAUUUUAACACGCGCUUAUAUAAGCAAUAUUUAAAAUAUAUAUUUGAAAUGUAUAUCCUGGAAAAAAAUAUUGUAUCUAAAUUCAUCGUGUAUUGUCAUCAGUAACAAGUAUUUAUUAUACAUAUAUUGCAGGAAAACAGCCAUCUUGUCGGUGAAGGAAAUACUGAAUGUGUGUAUA